GAAGCUAGCCAGUAUUAUUUCUGACAGUCAUAAGGACUGACGUGUGUCGCGAUAACGUAAACAAAGUAUUAUUCGAAAUUCCGAGUGUGAAAACAGUGUAACCCAUGGAUCGACGUGGUCGAAUUUCCUGACGAAUAACCUAACGAAUUCUCUCUGUUUUGGCAAAUAAACAUUUAUGCCAGGAAAGAGUCACCGAUUUUUAAGAAGAAACAAAACCUCCAGAUAUCCAUCGCGAGCUUUCCACAACAAUCGUCCCAUGGCUUUGUGUGCGCUGGAAUAUCCCAGGGAGUAAAAACGACCUGAAAUAUUGAGAUGUCGAAGAAAACUUCAUUCAGCAUUAAUGAAGCUGCGGCCAGUGUUAGAAAAAUUUUGGGUCCCGAAGGCCUCGAGAAUAUUCCAAAACACAAUUCUCCGGUUUGGAAAACAAUAAGUCAGGACUUGAGGGGGGAAUGGAAAGCGUCGACUAUUUAUAAAUAUGUGAUUGAGGACCGGUACCAGCUUUUGACGCUGGCGCGCAUAAAGCUGGAGCCAGAAACUUCCGAAGAAAAUAGUAAUCCACGUUCGAAUUGGAUCCAGACGCUGUCAACGAUAAAGGAAGAAUUCGAGUCUGAUAAAUUGUCAACUGUGAGAAAAGCGAAUCUCGUUUCUGAGCACCAAUCAUCCACCGACACAAAAAAAUCGCUUUGUCGAAAAUGCAACGAGCUUAAGGAGGAGGAAGCAGAAAAGUUUGCUCUCUUUGCGGAGACGUUGCUCAAGUCAUCGGUAAUCGUGAGCCCUCAGCGAGGAGAAGUUUCCGCGAAUAUUAGCGAAUACAAACUAAGUUGUGACGGUUGCUCUUUGUACUUACCGAUCACGCUGGACAUCGAAAGUUUUCGCAAAUCUUUGGCAGACGGAAAAUGUUCUUCGUUUUGCAAAGGCCCAAGAUCUUUGAUGGUUUUUCAAUAUAAGGACGAGUUUCGUUUGCACGCUAAAUGUCAAACGUGCGGUGAGAUCGAGAUGUAUAGCGCAUCUCAGACAUCCAAAAAAGUUAACUUCGAUAUGUGGAACUGGAAGCCUCAUUGAGUGCUCCGUCGAGAGGCUUGUGAUCCUUUCACAUUCGUGUCACUCGCUCGUUAAUCCAAGUUAAAGUAAAUCCGAUCAAUUACAUUUUAAAUUAGAUCGUAAGUAUUCUUAGAUUCUUAGAAAAUGCAGAAAUCAUGCAAAUAACUGAGCAAUGCUGGCAUUGACGAAAAAAAAAAUAAAAAAAUAAAAAUGAAAAAUGUUUUGAAUUAAUGAAAUUCGAGAAUAACUCGAUAAUAAAAUGUAGUUUUAACGAUGAUAAUAUUUCUUGUAAUUUUUAAAUGUGAACAUCAUUUGUAUUCUUUGUAUCCAAUUAGAUCGAAUAAAAUCUUGUAAGACUUGGCAGCAAAAAAUUUUCCUUCCAAUCUCGAUAUAUGAGG